AUGAAGGAGGACAGGCGCCAGCGCUGCCUGCCAAGCGCCGAUGACGGCGUGUGCCGCGGCUGCGGCGGGGACACGCAGGGCGGCCUCGUGCCCUGCAUAUGCCGGUAUUACAAGCCGGUGAAGUACGAUUCGAGCGCGUGGCUGCUGCAGCAGCUGCAGCGCGCCGUCAGCCUCAUGCCGUGGAGCGUCAGCACCGACAAGCUCGAGCAGAUCGAAGAAGAAUGCGAAGGCCGCGAGAGCCCGGUCCCGAGUGGCAGCCGCGAGCUGCGCAACGUCCGCGAGUUCCUGGAGACGCUGUCGGCGCAGCUGGCGGGAGGAGCGCUCGAGGGCACCCGGGUGGCGCCGCUCUACGACCAUCCUGCCUAUGAGAGCAUGUUCGAGCGACACCACGCGGCCCUGCGCGACACGCUCGCCUCGCUCGCUCGCGCGCUCCGCGACGCGCUCACACGUAAGCUAGGGGAGCUAGGUCGCAUGCUGUGUGUAGCACAUUGUACAACUAAUUUCUUGCACGAUUGA